UCCCUCCUCCUCUCUGGCAUUACCCCCUCUAGCUUCCUUACAGAAAGGGAAAGGCAGGGACAAGAAGAACAGCUGCUUUGCAAGACAGAAGCAAAUAGACCCCCCCACCCCCAGGCCCAAAGAAAGCCGGGAAGAAAAGUCCACUUGAAAGAAGACCUUAAGCAAAGCAAACUCAGAGAUUUCCAAGAGGCAACAAGCAAAACCACCCCCUGGAGGAUCUGAUGAUCUCCAAGUCAGGGAGGGGGGAAGAGACAAGAAAAUGUGUGUGUGGAGGGGGGGAGGGGUUAGUCGCGAUUAGCAUUUCAAUAGGGGCUGGUUGCUUUGGAGGGAGGGGGAUUUCAGCGGGUGUCAUUUACAAGGGACGUUUGGGGACUGUGGCUGCAGGAGGCAGGAAAGAAAAAGAGUGGGGGUGCUGGGCUGCUCCUCUCUGCUGGGCACUGCUGCUCCGGUAGAUGUUUCCCUGUUGUUUGGUGCAUGAUUAGAGAAGAGGAGGAGUUGGAACCAGCGAGUGUCAGAGGCAGGAGAUAGGGGGGUUUGCGCUGCUGCUGGUGGGGGCCCUUUCUCUGCCUCUCUUCCUCCCCGGGUGUAGCAUCUAGAGCUCUCCCGGCGUUGGCUCUGCUGUCCCCGGGUGGGGGCUCGCAGGCAGAGGGCGCGUGCCUCCCUCGCUCCGUGGUGCGGGGUGUGUGUGUGUUUUCGGGGGGUGGGGGUUGUGUCUGAACCAGUUAGGAAGAAUGACUCUGGAGUCCAUCAUGGCGUGCUGCCUGAGCGAGGAAGCCAAAGAAGCCAGGCGGAUCAACGAUGAGAUCGAGAGGCAGCUGCGCCGGGACAAGCGGGACGCCCGCCGGGAGCUCAAGCUGCUGCUGCUGGGUACGGGAGAAAGUGGCAAAAGCACAUUCAUCAAACAGAUGAGAAUCAUCCAUGGAUCAGGAUACUCUGACGAAGACAAAAGGGGUUUCACAAAACUCGUGUAUCAGAAUAUAUUUACAGCAAUGCAAGCUAUGAUCAGAGCUAUGGAUACACUCAAAAUCCCAUACAAGUAUGAACACAAUAAGGCCCAUGCACAGUUAGUUCGAGAAGUUGAUAUAGAGAAGGUAUCAGCAUUUGAGAAUCCCUACGUAGAUGCAAUAAAGAGUUUAUGGAAUGACCCUGGGAUCCAAGAGUGUUAUGACAGACGGCGGGAAUAUCAGCUAUCGGACUCAACUAAAUACUAUCUUAACGACCUGGACCGUAUAGCAGAACCUGCCUAUCUGCCCACCCAACAAGAUGUGCUUAGAGUUCGAGUCCCAACAACAGGGAUCAUUGAAUAUCCAUUCGACUUACAAAGCGUCAUUUUCAGAAUGGUGGAUGUAGGAGGCCAACGAUCAGAAAGAAGAAAAUGGAUACAUUGCUUUGAAAAUGUCACAUCUAUCAUGUUUCUAGUAGCCCUUAGUGAAUAUGAUCAAGUACUUGUGGAGUCGGACAAUGAGAACCGAAUGGAGGAAAGCAAAGCACUGUUUAGGACAAUUAUCACAUAUCCAUGGUUCCAGAACUCUUCGGUCAUUCUGUUCUUAAAUAAAAAAGAUCUUCUAGAGGAGAAAAUUAUGUACUCGCAUCUAGUUGACUAUUUCCCAGAGUAUGAUGGACCCCAGCGAGAUGCACAGGCAGCACGAGAGUUCAUUUUGAAGAUGUUCGUGGACCUGAAUCCUGACAGUGACAAAAUUAUCUACUCUCACUUCACAUGUGCUACAGACACAGAGAAUAUCCGCUUCGUCUUUGCUGCUGUCAAGGACACUAUCCUACAGUUAAACCUGAAGGAGUACAACCUGGUCUAACUGUGCCUAGUAGGCCCCCCAAAAUUCCCUUCGGGCAAUUGAAGAUAUACAAGAGGGACUGUAUUAUCUGUGAAAACGACUUGCAUAAUACUAAUUUAUUGCCGGCCUGGACUCUGUGAAUGUUCACAGAGUUUGUAGUAAAUAUUAUGAUUUUAUUUAAACUAUAUUGAGGAAAAACAAAAGAUGCUGAAAUACAUUCACAGCAUGUUUCCUCAUUUUUUUAGGCAAAACCUUGUGACUCAGUGUGUUUUAAAUUCUCAGUCAUGCACUCACAAAGGCUAGGGGUUUUUUUGCUAUUGAGGGAAAAUCAAGCUGAUUUCCCCUUUCCCUGACUCUUUCUCUCUCUCUCUCCCCUUUACUCCGCUGCAUUUAUUAUUGUUUUCAAAGGUACAAUGGCCUUUUUUUUCCAGUUGCAUUCCUUGGCAAACUGUUUUCUCUACAGUGAUCUGAUCAGGAAAAUGCUAUCAUCACAAUUUAAACCAUCAAUCAUUCUAAUUUUACAGUAUGUACUUUUUCUGAAAGAUCAAAAGUAUUGAUACUGUGAUUUUAAAAUUCUUGACAUGGAUAUUUUGCAAACUGUCUUCACACUGUGGGCUAGGAUAUUGGGAUCAAAAACAGCAGUUGUAGUAACAUGGAUUUUAACUUUAGCUAUAACCUGGCAAAUCAGAACGAUGCAUAGAAGACAGUAAUGAAAUUACUAAGGCAAAAUGGCGAUGUGGAAUAUGAUCGAAUUUCUUUUUAAUUGCCAUGUGUCCUUUCUUCUUUCUUUUCUUUCAAAUCAUAGAUGCCAAACAAAAAUGCCAUAGACACUACAUUUUCCCCAGCGGCUGCAGCCUGAAACAGUAUUUUUUCAGGUUGAUUUUGUUUGUUUGUUUUUAUUUUUUGUUUUUUGGGGUUUUUUUUUAGCUAGAGCUUUUUAAAUAUUUUUGACCACAAUUUAAACAUUAUUUUUAUUGUAUAAAAAAAAUUCAUGUUGCCAAACGUGGCUUUUUAUAAAACCAGUAGCUUUGAAAUGUAAGAUACUAAUUGAAAUGCCAAAUUGAUUGAUUGGGAAAUGACCUGAUUGAGACAACUGCCAAAUGAUAAAGAAUUAAAAUUUUAGCUCAUAUGUUCUCCCCCCCCCUUUUUUUUUUUUAAGAAAGUGUUCCAUUUUGAAUGCCAAAAACAGCAGGGAGUGAAAAUUCUGUUGGGUGCAUCAUGCACAUGCAUAUUGUCUAUACUAAUUUAAAGACAAUUUUACUCUGUCCUUAUGUCAAAGUAUGAGAGUACAGGGAACAUUUUCUGCAGUAAUAUCAAGGCACCUUUGGUUGUGAAACAUGAAAUUACUGAUGAGUAAUCAUAUUCAGGACCCUAUCUUGAUACGGCUGCUAGUUAAUUGAUUGACAGAUAUCUAAUAGGCUUAAUACAAAGUAGCCUCUCUCAGUGUUCCAUAGAAAUAUUUAUUAAAUGAAACAGCAAAGAUCUUACUUUUGAACUCUAAAUGUGCAAUUUUUUUAAACAACAAAGACAGCACACACAUGUAUGAGGCUCUAUUCUGCAGGUUGGGUUGAAAAAACAUUUUUUAACCAGUCACAAGACUGCUAGCAAGCUGCAGAGAACUCAGAGGUCUGACGUGUAAUUGGACUGAUUAUCCACAAUACCAUGCAGCACUAGAGUGCAUUUAUGUAGAAAUUGCUCCUUCAGAGCAGCGGGGGGCCGGGGAAGAAUGGCUCACUAGUUGAGUACCAAAGUUAACAAUGAAUACUAAUGAGAUGUGGUUCAUCUUUAACCCGCCACAACAAUAACAAAAGUUGUAUUUUUUUCUCCCUCAUGAGACACCGUGUAAUUUAAAACUGGUUGUAGGUAUAGUGCAAUUAUGAAUGCUAUAAUCAUUGUACAUACAUCUAUCUAUCUAUCUAUCUAUAUCUAUAUAUAAUAUAGAUAUAAUAUAUUAUAUCAUAUCUAUAUUAUAUAUAGAUAUAUAUAAAUAAUAUGGCAGCAUCCAUAUUGGCUUUGUAAUCAUUAAUUUUUUGGCAGAUUGAAUGUGCUGUAUUGAUAUGUAUCUAUGUAAUUGUAUUGUAUGUCUUAUAGCUAAUUCACAUUUUAAAUAAUGUUAUUUUAUUUACUUUUUUAAGAGAGAAGAAUGUAAAUUUUGUCAGUUUAUUUCUGACUAGGGAUUUUUUUUUAUUUACAAACAAAAUACUUUACUAUAGUACAGAGCGGUACUAGCAUCAUGCUGUAUAAAAUCAUUUGUACAUUCCUGAUUAGAGGUAAAUUGAAAACAAAACCCAAAGGUCACUCACUCAAAAUAAUGCGUGAGUUUUGACAGGGCUUUAUACAGAUGUAGAAACCAGCUUUGUUAGAAGAACUUUUGCCAUAUGAUCUAGGAUUGGAAUGUGAGCUCUUUAAUACAUUUUUCUUGGCAAAUGCA